AAGAUGCUUAGUAUUUUCUGCUUCAUUUUCAAUGAUAUUGUCUGCUUGUAGGCUAAAUAUGAGUCAGUUUAAGAAAACCAGACAAACCUCCAGCUGUGGUUACUUCAGAAUAUAUCAAUCCUCUCACUUUAACCAAACACAAUUAUUUGAAGAUGUUUCAUAUUCUUGGAGGAUGAUUAUCUUUGAAUCAAUUUGACUGUAAUACAGCAGAGCGGCGCUGUGAGGAAAACAUGAGGUUGAUGUCGCUCAUUGCUUCAGGAAGUUAUUGGAAAUGAUGAAAUGACAUCACCACAGUUUUUUCCUGGCUUUGUUUGGUGCUGCUCCUGACCACGCCUUCCUGCCAGCUCCACCAUAAAGCAGCCAGGCCUCAGUGUCUGUUCACCAGUUGAACUCCGGUCAGUGUGGACAACAGGUGCACUGCAGCUCUCUCCGCCUCCCUGCUGGAUAAUGCCCGCAGAGAAGCGCCGCUCGUCGCUUUGCGCAGCGCUUCCUCAUCAUCUGCACUUUGUACAUUUGUACGUUUUUGUAUCCUGAUCACUUCCAACCGCAAGAAUGCCUUUUCCGCCCCUCAGCCUCCACCAGCGGAUCUCCUCUCCUGGCAGGGAUCUAUUCGGGAAAAAGAAAUCCACCGGAGUGCCUGCUCACACUGAGCUCACCAGCAAAUCCGGCGGAGAGAAAGCGGGGUCGGAUAGGGAGAAGCAAUCCUCUCCUUGGACAACCGCGAAUUUACGGAAUUUGGGCCGUAAAGUCCAUCGAGAGAAGAGCAAAAGCCCUACUCAGAAGUCAAGUGGCGGUCAGGAGACCCAGGGAAAAAGCUCCUGGCUGUCGGUGCCCAAACCUCAGGACUCUGAAGGAGUCAGGCGCUCCAGCUCCAUGGACUCCGCCAGACACCUCCACGGAAAAGAUGAAGGGAAGAAGGAGAUCCAGUUUACACUCAGUCUCACCCCUGAAGCCAUUCUUGUCAUCCAGAAACGAAAUCUAGAAAAGCAAAUGAUGGCAAAGCAGCAGAAGUGUUGCGCAUCCGCGGACUUUCGACACCGGCGAGUAUUUCCAUCCAAAAAGGCGCACGGAUCGUCCAAUAAGGGCUCCGCUCCUGUGGCCAAAGCGGAGAGCGUAGAGCAGGACAUCACCGCCAUCGUUAAGAUAUCUCUUUUGAAUGAUCAGUACAAGUACGACGAUGUAGAGUAUGAAGACGAGGACGGAGACGUGGACGAGACUGUUGUUAGGAAAUGUAAAGAGUGGCUUAAAGGAGUCGAGAAUGCCGCUGCUUUGGGGAAAGUCGACAAACUUUCUGCACUUCCGCACCUUAAAGGAUGCUGACACAUGACUUUUGAACUUUUUCUUUUACAGAAGAGAUGAUGGACUCAUGACAAGUGUGCACCGAUGUAGGCCUGCUGCAAUGGCAUCUUACAUUUGAGUUAUGUAAAUUAAACGUAUGCAAAUGAGGGGAGACAAUUAACUCCAGUUUAAUUCCAAAUUGUAUGGCUUAUUAACUGAAAUAUGUCAGCAAGAAUAACACUCAUUGGACGAAAUUCACAUAGAAAAGUAAUAAUUUUGACAUUGGACACACCAUUUUUUUUUUUUUAUUGCAGCGUGUGGCACUGUAGCCAACAGUGCUUCUUAUGGAAUGUUGCUUUGAAGUUUAAAGCCAUGGUCAAUGUUUGUUAAAGUUAGAACUGAACACCUUAAUAUCCUCGUCCUUUGCACAUGGUUUUGUUUUCAGUGGAUUGGCAGAGGGGUUUGCGUAAAGGGACGUGGAACGGUUCCUUUGUGUGGGUGAACAAUACGCUGUCAACAACAGCUUUAUGCGCCUGCUGCUGAAACCAAACUGGACUGUUUAUUUUUCCUCUAAUCACAGAGGGUUAUAUCCUUUUUAUGGAUUUAUCAUUGAUGUACAGUAUUUAAUAUUUACUAAAUAUUUGUACUGUCAAACGUUUUCUCAGCUGAUGAUUUUAUGCCAUUUGAAGUAAAAAAUGUCUUUUUUAAAUUAUGCAAGUGUCUCUGACCCGUUUGAAUAUUUUAAAAGCUGAUUGUGUUGGAUAAUUACCUUACAUGUCGCUGAUUUGCAGUCACUCAGAUUUCUUUGACACUGCUGGCCAGUUCCCAGACUGUAUGUUAAAGGCUCUUUUGUUGCCACUGUUGCUACCUGAGGCCAUUUGGGCAUUAGUGAUGUAAGCUUCUUAGAUUUCAUGUUAAGCAGGCUGACCAGUGCACUACAGUGGGGCCCAGGUACAUGAUCCCUUCAGGAAAUUACUUCCAGUUUUCUUUACCUUUGUCCUAUUAAACAAAACAAUGCAUGUAGUUACUAAACAUAAAUAGUGUUGGUGCGAAAUAUCUGGGAGAUAAGUUCACCCUAAGUGCCAGAACGACAUGGUUUGCAGCAAAGGUAUUCCCAGUUUGAAUUGAGGGCAUAAUCCCACUGAGCUACAAGAUCUAUGUUUUAGUUCUAUAAGAGGUAACUAACUUUGUGUACUGCUCAGCAAGAAACAGCUGGUCCGAAAUCAAUUUGAGUGCUUUAAAAACAAAUAUGCCCUGUUUUGUUGGCAAGAAAACAAAAUAAACCAGAGUUAAUGAGAAAUUAAGCAUUAAAGACACGUUUGGCUUCUUUGAUGGUUCUCAGCGGUCUAUUGUAUUGACAAUUAAAUGGAAAUUUAAAGUAAACUGUGAUCCCUUCUAGCUUUGGACACAAAUGAAAUCUUCAUGCAGGGUCACAAACAUAUUUCAAAUAUUUGUGGUUGUGUGUACAGAGUGAAGGCUCUCUGCAAUAAGGCUUUACCAUUGUUCUCCAUCACCUGGUAACCAAAGUUUGUGGUAGACUUUAAAGCCCCAAAUUGGACGGCGGAGUGUAACCUCUAAGACACUACAGUGUUUCUGAAAAGCCCACACGCCGACAGCUGGUAAGACAUUCUUGAAAAAUGACUUUUAUGCUCCUAUAACAUUGCAAUUUAAUAUCAUUUUGGAAUUUGACGCCAACAAUCUUUUUUCCAAAGGUAUAAUCAACAGACUUGCCAUGCAAUAUGCAAGGACCUUCACUAACCAAGCCUUCUUCCUUCUCUUUCGAAUGCACACUUACUACCUGUUGGUGUCGGAAAGGUAUUUUAAAUAACCCACUUAUCAGCACUGAGUUUUUAUUUUAUUACCAUGGUAAUUGACAUUUAAAACAUCUAUGGAGUAGUUAAUUAGUUGUCAAAUAUGUGUCUUUCCAUUGUGUUCUAGCACAUGACAUUACAGAUCUCACAUGUGAGUGAAGAACAAGCUGCCAGAAUAAAGCAUCUUGUCCUGAA